AUGAACGAAAACAGGGAAGAACGCCUUUGCAUGGAUUGGGCCCAAAGCCCGAAUAAUAAUAACGGAGCCCGAAUUGAUGAGGAUUGUGAUAAACAGACACCAAACCUACCAGAAAAGUUUCAGGGUAUCAAACAAGAUAAUCAGAUUGGUGGAGACGAAUGGAAACAAUCCAAGAUGAAGCUCAACCCUGCCUUUCAUCUCGAAAAGUUGAAGCAAAUGGUUCCUGCAAUGCAGUGUUGCACAGAGAACAUUGUUAAUCAAUGGAAAAACAAGAUAGGUGACGAUGGCACGUGUGUUGUGGAUGUGUUGCCCUAUCUUGAGGACUACAGCGGCACAAUGGUGUCCCAGUCUCUGUUCCACGCCACUUUCAAUGAUGAGAUGAGAAGAAAUUUUCACUACCUUAGAGACCUCACUAUCAUGACCGACACUGCCUCCAAGCCCUUAAACUUUCCUGGCUCAGAGAGAGCCAAGGAAAUGGAAAAGGAUGUCCGUCGGUCGUUUACUCAAAUGAUCGAGCAGCGACUGAGGGACAGAAGGUCUUCAUCAGGUGGGCCCAAUGAGGGGUCCGACCUGCUUGACUUCAUCCUGGGUGAAUUGUACGAACUGGAGAGGAGCAACAGCAGGGUAAGCAACAGCAAGCGCAAGAAGUUAAUCGAGGAGGCCAUUGCACAGACCAAGCUAUUCUACUUUGCGGGCUUCGACACGGCAUCUAAUCUCCUAGUCUGGACCAUGAUCACACUUGCCAUUCACCAAAACUGGCAGGACCGCGCGCGGGAGGAGGUUCUCCGGGAGGAGGAAACUCAACUGGGAAGCCUCAGAAUCCCAAAGGGCGUGCUUUUGCAGCUGCCCAUAGCAAUGCUCCACCGGGACCCGCAGGGGAGCCUCAAGGCAGCCAACGGGCAGGCGGCUUUCAUGGCCUUCAGCUGGGGCCCACGGACUUGCAUCGGCAAGAACUUUGCACUCGUGGAGGGGAAGGCAUUUGUGGCCCACCUCCUGCGCACCUUUUCCUUUCAGCUGGGCCCUACGUACUUGCACGCACCCUACGCUGCCUUCACCAUACAGCCGCAGUUUGGGGCCCCACUGCUCUUUGUGGUUAUGUUUAUCUUAAUUUCCUUAAGGCUGGGGCCAAAAAUAACACCACAAAGCAUCGCCACAACUCAGCAUAUACAUCACAUAACAAUUCAACUAAUAAAGCCUCCUUCGGGACGAAAAACAGAGAAGAAAGGGCUCGCUUUGACAAUUGGAUCAGCAUAUCUCAAGGCCCCAAAUAAAAUCAAAUUUUCAAAAAUUGGACUUACCGCACAUUUGCUCGAAGGAAAUGAAUCGGGACUGAAGAAUCCGAUUUCCUGGUCGUCGACCACU